UUUCAAAUUCACUACUCCCCUUCCAACAUCCUAUUCCAAGUGGGCGUGUUAUCAUAUCGUGGAUGCGUGCAGCCCAAGGAGUCGGAAAAUUCAGAUCCGAAAUAUUCCACCUCAGCUCCGAUGGGAAGUGCUGGACAGCCUGCUGGCCCAGUACGGUACGGUGGAGAACUGUGAACAAGUGAACACAGAAAGUGAAACGGCAGUGGUCAACGUCACCUACUCCAACCGGGAGCAGACCAGGCAAGCCAUUAUGAAACUAAACGGCCAUCAACUGGAGAACCAUGCCCUGAAAGUCUCAUACAUACCUGAUGAGCAGAUAGCACAGGGUCCUGAGAAUGGACGCCGUGGAGGCUUUGGCUCUCGGGGCCAACCCCGGCAAGGAUCACCUGUGGCAGCAGGCGCUCCAGCCAAGCAGCAGCAAGUAGACAUCCCCCUCCGACUCUUGGUGCCCACGCAGUACGUAGGCGCUAUCAUUGGCAAGGAGGGCGCCACCAUCCGUAACAUCACAAAACAGACUCAAUCCAAGAUAGACGUGCAUAGGAAGGAGAAUGCGGGGGCUGCCGAAAAGGCCAUCAGUGUGCAUUCCACCCCUGAAGGCUGCUCCUCGGCCUGUAAGAUGAUCCUGGAGAUAAUGCACAAGGAGGCAAAGGACACCAAAACGGCAGAUGAGGUUCCCCUGAAGAUCCUGGCCCAUAAUAACUUUGUGGGGCGACUCAUUGGCAAGGAAGGCAGGAACUUGAAGAAGGUCGAGCAGGACACAGAAACAAAGAUCACCAUCUCAUCGCUCCAGGAUCUCACUCUGUAUAACCCUGAGAGGACCAUCACUGUGAAGGGUGCCAUUGAGAACUGCUGCAGGGCUGAGCAAGAGAUCAUGAAGAAAGUUCGAGAGGCCUACGAGAACGAUGUAGCGGCCAUGAGUUUGCAGUCCCACCUCAUCCCUGGUCUCAACCUGGCUGCUGUAGGUCUCUUCCCAGCCUCGUCUAGUGCCGUCCCACCACCUCCCAGCAGCGUCACUGGGACUGCUCCCUAUAGCUCCUUCAUGCAGGCUCCCGAGCAGGAGAUGGUACAGGUGUUCAUCCCCGCCCAGGCUGUGGGUGCCAUCAUCGGCAAGAAGGGACAGCACAUCAAACAGCUCUCGCGGUUCGCCAGUGCCUCCAUUAAGAUUGCUCCACCGGAAACACCUGACUCCAAAGUUCGAAUGGUUAUCAUCACUGGACCCCCAGAGGCUCAAUUCAAGGCUCAGGGAAGAAUCUAUGGGAAACUAAAAGAAGAGAAUUUCUUUGGUCCCAAGGAAGAGGUAAAGCUGGAGACCCACAUACGGGUGCCAGCUUCAGCAGCUGGCCGGGUCAUCGGCAAAGGCGGCAAAACGGUGAAUGAGCUGCAGAACCUGACUGCUGCCGAAGUGGUAGUGCCAAGAGACCAGACCCCGGAUGAGAACGACCAAGUCAUUGUUAAGAUCAUUGGGCACUUCUAUGCCAGCCAGAUGGCGCAGCGAAAGAUCCGAGACAUCCUGGCUCAGGUUAAGCAACAGCACCAGAAGGGACAGAACAGCCAGGCCCAGGCACGGAGGAAGUGACCGCCUGCCCUUUCCUGUUCCGUUGGCUCCAGAUCAGCAGGCAGAACGCGGAACUGGAGUGUGGAGGGCCAGUGCACUCUCCCAGCAGGCCUGAGAAUGAGUGGGAAUCAGGGGCUUGGGGCCUGGCUGGAGAUCAGGUUUGCCCACUGUCUUGAGAAAAAUGUUCCAGUGAGGAAUCCUGAUCUCUCGCCCCCAAUUCAGCCAGGUGGCCACCAAGGCCUACCCCUUGGAGUGUCACCAUUGCAAUUGUGGCUUGGGUUGCUUUUAAACGUGGAUUGUCUUGAGGAAAGUCUCCAGUCUCCCUCAGGAAGAUGGGUCAGCUCCCCGUGGGGAAGAGAAAUAAAAUUUCCUUCAGGUUUU